AUGGCGGCAAGGGCCUCAAGAAAACUACUCAGAGACUUUUUGCUGAGAAGAACAGCAUGCACAGCUCCAAUUGGGAUUGGAGCUGCCAGGCAUUCUUCCUCUGCUGCCCCAAAACCUCCCAAGAUUCCAAAGAUCCCUCAUUUUUCCAAGAGGGGGCUAUUUACUGCAGCCACAUUGGGGUUGGUUAUAGCUGGAGGAGCUUAUGCAAGCACAGUUGAUGAAGCAACUUUCUGUGGAUGGCUAUUCUCAGCUACCAAACUUGUCAAUCCAAUCUUUGCUCUUCUGGAUCCAGAGGUUGCUCAUAGACUGGGAGUCUCAGCCGCAGCACGUGGUUGGGUUCCUAGGGAGAAGAGACCAGAUCCACCAAAUUUAGGCCUAGAAGUUUGGGGAAGGAAGUUCUCAAACCCCAUAGGUCUUGCUGCUGGCUUUGAUAAGAAUGCUGAGGCUGUUGAUGGCUUACUUGGUUUAGGAUUUGGCUUUGUAGAGAUUGGUUCUGUAACCCCUAUUCCACAGGAGGGCAAUCCAAAGCCUCGUGUCUUCAGAUUACGUGAUGAAGGGGCUAUCAUCAAUCGCUAUGGCUUUAAUAGUGAAGGAAUUAUUGCUGUUGCAAAGCGGUUGGGAAUCCAGCAUGGUAAGAGGAUGUUGGAUGAAACUUCAAGUACUUCAUCUCCAUCGGCUGAUGAAGCCAAAGGUGGAGGAAAAUCUGGCCCUGGCAUACUGGGCGUGAAUCUUGGAAAAAAUAAGACAAGUGAAGAUGCUGCUUCAGAUUAUGUACAAGGGGUUCAUUCCUUGUCCCAGUAUGCUGAUUACUUGGUGAUUAAUGUUUCAUCACCCAACACCCCAGGGUUACGUAUGCUUCAAGGAAGAAAGGAGUUAAAGGACCUUGUGAAGAAGGUACAAGCUGCUCGUGAUGAAAUGCAAUGGGGGGAAGAGGGCCCUCCUCCAUUGCUGGUGAAAAUUGCUCCGGAUUUGUCUAAAGAAGACCUUGAAGAUAUUGCUGCAGUGGCACGUACCCUUCACUUGGACGGGUUGAUUAUAUCAAACACAACUGUUUCAAGACCAGAUACUGUGAGUAAAAACUCAGUGGCUUCUGAAGCUGGUGGCUUGAGUGGGAAACCACUCUUUGAUAUGUCUACCAGCCUAUUAAAGGAAAUGUACAUCUUGACUAGGGGGAAGAUUCCUUUAAUAGGGUGUGGAGGCAUUUUCAGUGGCGAGGAUGCUUAUCGAAAAAUACGAGCUGGAGCAACUCUUGUUCAGCUUUAUACAGGCUUUGCCUAUGGGGGGCCUGCUCUCAUUCCCCAGAUAAAGGCUGAAUUGUCUGAAUGCUUAGAAAGAGAUGGCUUCAAAACUGUUAUUGAAGCAGUUGGUGCAGAUUGCAGAUGACACUCAUGACAAUGCCUUUUCGCCCCACAAACAUCCAGGAUUUGGCCGAAUGUGCUUAGGAAGGAAGCAAAUUUCACAUGACAUGGUGUAAAUUAUGGCUUUAAAUUGUUUUUCAUCCUUCUUUCGGGGAUCAACGGGAAGUAACGAGUGUUUGAGAGAAUAGGAGAGAU